AUGUCCAGUCUCAUUUCGGAAGAUCUGGAACCUUUCUAUUGGAACAGGGAUGGGCCUCUACAUGAUGCCGAUUUCGAGAAGUUAUCUGAUGAUGACGCACCUUUGAUGUUGACCAAUGAGUCGUGUGCAAUGAGAGUCGAUUGUACAGAAGAAAGAGAGCAUCGACAUUUCUUCAUGUCCACUCAACAGGAUGAGGAGUUAUAUUCACUCACCAAGAUCUACGAAGGGGAUCGAGGGGAUGAAAUGGCUUUCGAGUGUCAAACUUAUGGAAAAUGGCGAUCAACCAUCUAUCCGGAACAAACAGCUCAAGGUCAAACUGAACGUUUACUCCUAAGUGAAGCUUUUGAGGGGUGCUUAACCCAAGAGCGUGUUGUUCCAAUUAAUCCACUAUCUGCCCAACCGCAACUUUGGAUAUUCCCCAAUGAUAAUAUCGCAUCCAAGAAUAACUCAGGUAUUGCCAUACAUGAUCCUCCAGAAACUCUUCAACCUGAGUCAAUGGCACCAGGUUUAGUACAAGCCUUAAAUGCUCUGACUGGUGAGACAGACAUAAGAAGUCGUAAAAUCACUAUGGAGGAAUGGAGGACAGAAGGUGGGACUUUGCCUAUGUUAGAUCCUGAUCAGAAUGAACACCAUUGGAAGGUGGUCGAUUUGAAAGAUUUGAUUGAGACUGUCACACUUUCCGCUGACCGUUGA